AAUUAAGUGGGGUUCAAAUUUGUAUUUUGAAUAUUGAGUAGCAGUUAUUUUUAUUUAAAAAUACAUGACUGGUAACAGUGUUGUAUAGUUAUGAGUAAUUCAGAUGAAGAUUCAUCAACAAAACAAGUGUUAGAAUAUUACAAAAAAUACUCCCAAAACCCCCAUCUUCAAAAGUAUUUCUCUGGAACUUCAACCACCAUCACAUAUGCACCAAUUUCUGAUGAAGAAACUCCAGCAUUAGCCAUCAAUAUUCCUAAAAUAAUUAUUACCGAAAGCAGUACCACAGACAUUUCUAGCGCUAAGAAAUUGCAAUCACUAGAGGGACCAAGUACUUCGAAAGGCUCAAGCCGAUCCGUACAUAGUAGCAGUGAUGCAAUUGACAUAAAAGAGUCUCAGGAUUUUGUUAAAGCUAGUACUUUGCAAAGAAGUAACUCACUACCUUCAAAAUUAUGCUCUAAAGAAGUCCAUUUUGACUUAUCGCCUUCAGAAAAUGUCAAAAUAUUACUUUUCGGAUCAACAAGCAGUUCAGAUGAGUCGAUAGAGCAUGCACAGAUAGAGAAACCUUCUAGUGAGAGUUCUAGUAGUGCUAAAACAAAAUCUUCUCCAAUUCCUAGUACAAGUUCAUCUGAGGAAGAAAAUAAAAUUAUAAAUUUUGGAGUUAGUUUGUCAAGUUUGAAGAAAAAAAUUGGGUUACCUGUUGCAUUUUCCACACCAGUAUUUCCAGUACUUCCAGAACCUGUGCAUGGUGAAAACAUAUAUACUACACCAAAAACAAGCUCUAGAGAAUACAUAAAGAGUCACCAAACUAUAGUUCUUAGUGCAGUAGAUGAGGAAAAAAUAUCUAAUGUUUGUUGUAAUACUGAUUCAAAUCAGGGGAACAUAGACCAGGAGAGAACUAAGAAAUCUUCAUCAGGUGACGUAAAAAUUGAAGACACUAAAAUGUCUGAUGUUUCCAAAGGUGCUAUAAAGAAACAGAAAAAAGAACCAAUUAAAAAAACUGAUAAAGAAAGUACCCAGGAAGAAACUAGUGUAAAAAGAACUAAUCAAAAAGUAGUUCAGCUUACUAUGUCGACUCCACUCACUCUUGACUGUCUAUAUGAUAAAAAUGCAGAAGAAAUAGCUAUACAAACAGAAAAAUUAGAUUCAGACAGUGAGACCAGUGAACCGGAAGGUUCAAGUUGUGAUAGUUUUGAGUAUAUCAGUAGUAAUCUUGUUUCUUUACAGUCUUCCCAAGCCCAAUGUAACGUUCACAAAAAAGACUCUAGCUUAGGGAAAUCUUCAGGGUGUUCUGUAAAAGAAAUGUCAUCAGGAUCUUCUAAAUCUCAAACAAGUGAUAGUAGAGAGGACAUGGAUAAAGUGGUUGAUCUUUUACAAGUAUUUUUGUCUUCUAAAAGGGACAAAGUUAUUAAAAACAAGGACUAUAUAAAGAAGGUUAUUAAAAAGAUUAUGUUCUCUAGUGAGUCUAGCCAGGAAAGAUCUUCAAGUCCAUCAAACAGUAAUAAUGAAGCCAGUCUUCCAAGAGAUCCUGUACAAGUAAAAUCAAGUAAAACUAACACUGAUUCUACUGAGCCUGAACGUAUAGUUAAAAAACAAUCUAAAUCAAACUCCAAUGGAGAUUAUUUACUACAGUUCACUGAAAAUGAAAGGUUAUAUCAGAUAGCAUGGAUUGAUAAUGAAAUUUCACAUUUAUCCAAGCUUAAAAGAUUUCUUGAAGCUAAAAACAACAGCGGAAGUGAGAAAGAAACCAAGAAGAAAUCUUCAAAAUACAAAAUAUUAGGAAAAGAUGAAAAAACUAAUAAAGAAUUAGAGAGAGAAUAUAUUAUUGAGACUGAUCAAGGGAUUCCCCCAGGUGCAAACGUUAAAUAUUUUAUAGAUGGUCAAAAAUUCACUGUAGCGCAUUGUGACGACUCUAGUAAAGUAUCUAAAAGUUCUGUUAUAGCUGAUAUCACGGUAGAUUCAAAAACAAGCAGUACUAACAUAAAAGUAAGCACUAUUUGUAGUGUUUGUAAGCAGAUUAUCUGUAUAUGCAAGCCUGAAUCUUUAGGAGAACCAAAAAACAGAGGUUCUUUAGAGAAACCUGAAUCUCAUAGAAAUAAAGCUAAGAAUGAAUAUAGCGGAAAAAAUGAGUCUGAAUUUUUAGCUGAAGAUUUUGAUGAAAAAAAAUCAAACUCUUUAGAGAAAGCAUUUCAGAAUUGUAACUGUACUCAUGCUACCAAUUCAAAAUGUACCUGCCCAUUUGUUGAAAAGCUCGCCAAACAUUUCUCACAAUCCAAAGAAAUGUUUUAUACUCCUAGACCUUCAAGUAGUGUAGGUAUACAAGUAAAAGAAAGCGUUCCUGUUAAAAUAUGUAAGGAAGUACAAAGUAAAGUUGAUUCUUUGGACAAACAAGUCCAAUAUUUGAAGAGUUUGAUACAAAUAAAUGAAGAUAAUGGAAAAUCUGUAGAUAAAAUGACCAAUGAAGAACAUAAGAAUGGUGUAGGGGACGUGAAUAAAUGUGUUUCUAAAAAAAGUAGUUUAAAGAACCAAAAAAAUGGCGAUAAAAUGAUUCAAACAAACAGAUGCAAAUGUGCUUCAAAAAGUGUUCAAAUUGAUUAUGAAAGUUUAAAAAGAUUGAGAAGUGAUUCAAUUGAUAAGAAAAUUCAGACUGAAGAGGAACUUGUCAGAGGCUUUGGCGUUAAUAGUACAGGGACAUUUAGAAGUUCUUCAAAAAGUAUCCAAAUUGGUAUAAAUGAUCCAUCUAAUACAAACAUUAAAACUGAAAAACAAGCUUCUAAAGAUACUG